UAUAAUAAUUUAUCAAAAAUAUAAUAUUUAGAAAAAAAAAGUUUUUAACCAUAAAAUCAAACAUAUACAUACAUAGGUAUACGAGUAAAACGAAAACUGCAUGUUCAGUUUACUAGAAAUUUCCCGCCUCAUAACGUGGUUGUAUCGUAUUGUAUUUACAACGGAUUUAUGGUUGCAUGAUAAAGGAAAAGUCAUAGAAGUUAUCUGAUUUUUUGAGUAACUUAUCAUUUGUUCAUAAAUAAUUUUUAAGUGUUGUUUAUAUAAGUGGUUUUAAAAGUUUAAAAAGAUGUCAUUCAAUUUGGCGGAUAUUCAAGAACAGCUAAAUGAGGCUAAUAACUCUAAAAGUAAUGAAACCGGCGUUUCAUUUUCUGGAAAAUCGUUGAAACUCAAUUCCGAAGAAGAUGCUAAGCAAGUUUGUGAAGCAAUUAAAAAAUGUCCUAGCUUGGAUUAUUUUGAUCUGGAAGGAAAUACUUUAGGUCCAGAUGCUGCCGAAGCCAUAUCAAAAGUACUCAGUAGUCAUGGAAGUAAUUUAAAAAGAGCUUUAUGGAAAGAUAUGUUUACUGGAAGAAUGAAAACAGAAAUUCCUCGGGCUUUAGAAUCUCUUGGAGUUGGAUUGAAUACUGCUGGUGCUCGAUUAGUUCAAUUAGAUCUAAGUGAUAAUGCAUUUGGACCUAUUGGAAUUCAGGGUUUAGCUACUCUUUUAAGUUCUAGUACGUGCUACACUCUUCAACAAUUAUGCCUGAACAAUAACGGCUUGGGAAUAACAGGAGGAAAAAUGUUAGCAAAAGCAUUGCUUGAUUGUCAUGCUAAUAGUUCGAAAGAAGGAAAACCAUUAGGAUUAAAAGUCUUCAUUGCUGGACGAAAUCGUUUGGAAGAUGAUGGUGCAACAGCUCUUGCUGCUGUUUUUGAAAAACUUGGAACACUCGAGGAGGUUGUUAUGCCACAAAAUGGUAUUUAUCAUACAGGAGUAGCAGCUUUGGCCUGUGGGCUCUCUGCUAAUCCAGGCUUAAAAAUUCUAAAUUUAAAUGAUAAUACAGUUGGUCCAAAAGGUGCACAAGCACUUGCAGAAGUCCUUCCGAAUUUUCCAGACCUCGAAAGUUUAAAUCUUGGUGAUUGUUUGUUGAAAACUAAAGGAGCUAUGCUUAUUGCAGAGGCGUUAGGAAUUGAAGGAAAUCAUCUAUCAUUAAUAGAGCUUAACUUAACGUUUAAUGAAAUUCGUACGAAAGCAGUAGAUUAUUUAGCUCGUGCUAUGGCUGACAAAACACAAUUAAUGAGUCUACAGUUGGAUGGUAACGCUUUUGGAGAGUCUGGUAGAACAACUUUAAAAGAAAUGUUAACAAACAGUGAUAAGAUUGACUCUUUGGGAACAUUGGAUGAGGAUGCAACAUGUGACGAAGCAAGUGAUUCAGAAGAAACAGAUACAGCAGAUGAAGAUGACGAUGAUGAUGAUGAAGAAAGCGAUGAAGAUGAUGGUGAAGAAAACGAGGAAGAUGAAAGUAAAGUAAUGGUAAAACAGCACAACACAGCUAAUGGAGUACUAAAUAUUCCUAAGCCGAAAAAUCCAAUUGAUGUUAAAGAAUUUAUUAAAUAUCCAACUGGAGAAAAUCUCCUUCUAGUGGAAGGAGACAAAAUUACAAAGCUUAUAGAAUAUGUAAAAAAUCGUAGCUACGAAAAUGAUAAAGGUGAUUCGUUCCAAUAUAUUGAUGAACUAUUGCCUGUUAUAAUGAAAGUUUCAUCUUUAUGUGGAAGUGGAUAUUGUGAUGUUCGAAUAGAAGCUGAAAAAUUAACAGACCUUUUAUAUUCACAAUUAUUUUCUUACGCGUCAACUAAUGAUCGAAUGUCAUACAUAAAUAAUAAUCUUCUAGUACACUUGGGACUCAUCAAAGGUGAAAAUAAAAAAGCAGAAAAAGUUGACUGGAAUUUAGAAGGUUGCUUUAAAGCUCUUGAAAAUGUAAGUCAGCAAAAUUACUUUCCAGCAUUGACAAGGACUGUUCUUAAAGUGUUUAUUGAAAGAUCUUUUCCAACUAAGAAGAAAGUUAUCGAUCCAUUCCAGGAAGUGAAAACAUCUUUGAAAUCGAUUUUGGAUAAAAACUUGUAAUAUAAUACUGCAAAUAAUUAAAUCAAUUAAAACACUAUUUUUACUGUGGAUACGACGGUGUUAAUAUCACAAAGAUUUAUAUUUAUUUUCAAUAAUUAGUUUAUAAACUGCUGCGCGGCACUUUUUACGUAUUAAGAAAUUAAAGUAAUAAUGAUUCAUUGAUAACUCGAUAUCACGAAUAUUGUCUCAAAUUUCAAAAUAUUAAACUCUAAAUUUAUCUUUGUUAUUUUUUUAUAUAUACAUAAUUGUAACAAAAAAAUUAUAAUUAUAAUAAAUAUUCAAUUUUUAGCAAUUUUCAUCACCACAGACAGAUAUCAAAACUUUAUUAGCUAGUUGUCCAACAAGAAAAAAAUUUCUUUGUGGAUAAACAUUCAGUUUUGCAUCAAGACACUCAGAACAAAUGUGAAGAUAAAAUAACCUUCUUUGAUUAAAAGUAUCACACAC